AAAAAAUAGUUUAAAAAAUUUGAAAAUUAUAUUUUAAAACAAUACAUAUUUCUUCUUCAUAAAGUAAACGUUAACAAAAUAGCAAAAAGUCGUUAAGUAGACUUUUUGCUAACACUAUAGAACUCUAGGCCUCACGUCAAACUGACUAAUCAAACUGCCAUUUUGUUUACUUACUAUCAAACACACACCAAUGGGUUGAUGUGAAUUUGAUGAAAAUUAAAACAAAAAAAAAAUUGAACUCAGUUUGAUAAAUGUACGCGUAAUAAACAGAAAUAAAAAAAAAUGAAAAAUAAAAAAUUCAUACUAGAAUUUAUUGAAGUUUAUCGUAGUUUACCCGCUUUAUGGCAAAUUAAGUCCAAAGAAUAUUACAAUAAAAAAGAAAAAGAUCUUCAGUACAAGAUUCUGCUUAAAAAAUAUCGCGAACUAGAACCAAAAGCAGAGAAAAAAGAUGUUGCGAUGAAAAUUAACUCCUUAAGAACUGCCUACCGUAAGGAAUUAAAACGCAUUGAAAAAUUAGAGGAAUUAGGGACGUCUGAUAAUGGCCAAACGGAAUCAAAUUUGUUCUUUUUCGAAGCAUUAGAUUUUAUUCGUGAGAGUUUAAAGCCAAAUGCAUCGCAAACCAUAGCAGGAGAUGGUGACGAAAAUGAAGUAGAGAAUAACGCGAAACGAAAGAAACGUAAAAAGCCAGAUCCGGCUGAAGAAUUAAUGAUUUUGGCAGCGAAACGUCUCAGUCAACCACCAGACGAAUGUGACAAAAUUAUCGAAAGUUGGGCUGUUAAAUUUAAAAAUAUGAGCCCGACUCAAAGACUUUAUGCCGAUAAGUUCAUAAAUGAAAUUCUUUUCGAAGGUCAACUGGGAAUGUUGCAUAGAAAUUCGAUGAUGUUAAAUGUUUUAGACAAUUGUGAAGAGAAGCAUAUAAUUUAAUAUGCAUACAUGCAUAUAAUAAGGAAAAAAGUUUAUUUUAAGUUUUAUUAAAUAAACGUUCAGUUUACCUUU